CACACACACACACACACACACCAAAACAAAAAAAACACUAAAAACACACACUAGUGUGUGUAACCCACAUUAACUAACAUGGAUCACAAUCCACUCAAAAAAAACUCAUCAUACAUCCACAUCCCACUCCUUCUCCUCCUCCUCCUCGCAUUCACCUGCGAAUCGCGGGCCCCAUUCGCAUGCGACCCGAGCAACAGCGUCUCGAAAAACAUGCCGUUCUGCAGAGUGUCACUGCACAUAAGAGACCGGGUCGGUGACCUGAUCGGCCGGUUAACUCUGCAAGAGAAAAUCCGGUCACUUGUCAACAAUGCUGCUCCGGUUGACAGGCUCGGCAUCAAGGGUUACGAGUGGUGGUCGGAGGCACUUCACGGCGUUUCCAACACCGGCCCCGGAGUUAAAUUCGGCGGCGAGUUCCCCGGCGCCACCAGCUUCCCCCAAGUUAUCACCACCGCCGCCUCCUUUAACUCCUCCUUGUGGGAAGCAAUUGGCCAGGUGGUAUCAGAUGAAGCAAGAGCAAUGUACAAUGGAGGGGUAGCAGGGCUGACAUAUUGGAGCCCAAAUGUGAACAUUUUCCGGGACCCACGGUGGGGCCGGGGCCAAGAGACUCCCGGCGAGGACCCCACUUUGGCCGCCAGUUACGCCGCCAGCUACGUGGCGGGGCUGCAGGGCAAUGCUGCCGCCGGAAACAGGUUGAAAGUUGCUGCCUGCUGCAAACACUACACUGCCUAUGAUCUUGAUUUUUGGAAUGGCAUGGACCAUCUUACGUCGUGGCCUAGAGAGAAAAAUUUACGCAGAAUAUUUUCUUUACUCUCGUUUUUAUUGGCGUCGUUUUGGAGAGAAGCCGAUCUCUCUUUUCUUGGUUGCUGUAGCACGCCUUUUACUGCACCGAUUGAUAAAAAGUAUGGGGGACUUGUACCAAAAAAGAAGCCUCUAAUCUCAAAGGACCACGAGAGGGCCUUUUUUGACUCAGCUGAUUGGGCUCUGUGCAAGCAAGGUGCAGGAGCUGUGGCUAUGGAGACACUACAGCCAAAAUUAAAGGUUAAUUCUUUAUUUCAGUGA